CUUUGGAUUUUGGAAGUUUAUGAAGUUUCGGGUCAGGCUUAAGUAUAAAGAAAUUUGCUAGCAGGUUGUAAUAACGUGGGUGUAGUUGUUUCUGCAGGCAAUGUGAUUGGCGUCUCAUUUCGUCAAUUGACGCUAACAUAUAUUGAGUGCGUUGUGGCUUUUUCAUUCGUUAUUUCACUAGAUGAUAAUAAACCAGCCUUAAUUAUUUACAAGUGGAACUAUACAAAUUUUUCGGAAUGACACCAAAAUCGCAUGAAGAUAAAGUCAGUUAUUUGGGCUUUGAUCUAAGUACCCAGAAGCUCAAAGCAGUCCAGUUGUCUUCCAAGCUCGAGGUUUAUGCAACUGCUGAGGUGAAAUUCGACUCUGACUUACCCGAAUUUCGCACGAGCGGUGGGGCUAAUUCCAGUUCAAGAAAGCAUGAAGUUUUUGUGCAGCCAGUAAUGUGGGUAAAAGCAAUUGACAUUGUGCUGGAUCGUUUGGUAAUGCAAGGUGCUGACCUUAGUACUGUUACGGCGAUAGGGGGCUCUGCUCAGCAACAUGGGUCCUUAUAUUGGUCACGCCAUGGUGUUAAUACUUUGAGGAAUUUGGAUUCAGACAAAUUUCUCCACGUUCAAAUAGAUGACUCCGCCUUUACAGUGAACCGUACUCCUAUUUGGAUGGAUGGCUCAACAGAAAAGCAAUGCAUAGAAAUGGAAACUGCAAUCGGAGGUCGUGCGGAGAUGGUGGAUAUCACUGGAUCAAAGUGUUAUGCUCGAUUUACUGGUCCACAGAUCCGCAAAAUUUAUCAAGAUCGCUCCCACGCCUACGAAGAAACCCAACGUAUUUCCUUGGUUAGCAGCUUUUUGGCCUCAGUGUUUCUGGGUGAUAUAGCACCAAUAGACUAUGGUGAUGCAUCUGGCAUGAAUCUUUUUGACAUUAAAAGAAAAUCUUGGUCAAAACAAUGUUUGAACUCCUGUGCGCCUGACCUGGAGGAUCGAUUAGGCAAACCCGUUCCCACCAGCACGAUAAUUGGCAAUAUUUGUAACUUUUUUGUGCAACGCUUUGGGUUUCCUCCUGAAUGUAAAGUUACUGCGUUUACCGGUGACAACCUGUCGGCACUGUCUGGGAUGGUCGUUGAGCAGGACUGUUUGGUAAUGUCUUUGGGAACAAGUGACACAUUAAUGAUGAAUCUAAAAGAACAACCACAUUUAGAAGAAGGACACGUGCUGUGCCAUCCAACCGAAAUUGAUCAAUUUAUGGGUUUGUUAUGCUUUCGAAACGGUUCUCUAGUACGUGAUUCAUUUAAUAAAACUGAGGCUAAUACUGACUGGAACAAGUUUAAUGAACUACUUGACUCAACACCACGUGGAAACUACGGAAAUAUGGCGUUACAUUUUCACUCUAUUGAAAUAAUUCCUAAUGUUAAGGGAGUUUUACGCUGGACUCGAAACAAUUCAGCGGAAAGUUCUGAAGCAGCAAAAGGCGUACAAAAAUUCUUGUCGCCACAAACUGAAAUUCGUGCGUUAGUUGAAGGGCAGAUGCUUCAUAAACGAGCCGUAGCUGCAGACAUGGGCUUUCACUUCGGCGAUGAGGCAAAAAUUAUAGCUACUGGAGGAGCAUCCGUAAAUAAAUCGAUUUUACAAGUGAUUUCAGAUGUGUUCAAUGCACCAGUUUUUGUACAGAAUGAAAGUGAAGCGGCUUUAUUUGGUGCUGCGUACCGUGCAAAAUAUGCACUUUAUUUAAAUUCUUUAAAAGAAUCCAAAUAUGUGAAUGAAAACGAAAAUGGCAAUGAAAAGCCUUCAACAGCCGUGCCAUUAGGCUACCACGAUUACAUAAUUCAAUUCAUUCCAAAUCACUUGAAGCUAGUAUGUGAGCCCAACAAGGAUUGUGAUCAAAUUUAUUCCCCAAUGUUGGAACGUUACCGCAAUAUGGCAUUAGUGUUGGCGAAAGCGUAGACGUACUUUCUAUAACUUCCCACAUUCCCCUUGAUUUUUGAUAUUUAAUAUCUAAACAAAAUCCAAAAUUUUUCUAAAAAAAAAAUUGUAAAAGCUAAUGUUCCUUAAAUUUGAACAUUUUUUAAAUUUCUAUGCCGUUGUACAGGCACUAUUUUUUGAUAUCAGUUAUUUUGGUAAAAUAAAUAAGUUAAAAAGUUUAA